AUUUAAAGGGUUUAUAUUUUGAGUACACCACGCAGUUAUAUUUUGUCUUCGCCGGACGUCGAACGUGGAGUGACAACUGAAAACACAAAUUAAUUUAAAACAGAUAUUUUAAAGGAUCAGAAUAGAAAAUGCUUUCAGUAUUGCGUAAAUUUUCGCGAAAGCAUCCAACAGUGGCCGCAGCAAUUAUCGCAUGCGGCGAUAAGAUCAACUGCAAAACGCAUUCUCAGCGGUCAUUUGGCGAUGGCAUAGACACUACUCGAGAGAUGCACCAAAAAACUCUUGGCAGAUCAAUCCGCCCACUAUCAACUGUGGAAAGUCCCCGUGGGAAAAGAAAUACACGCUCGAUGAUGUCCAAAACAGAGAUCACUGAAUAUAUGGCUGUUUUUCCAGAAGUCGUGCGAGACCUGACAUUGAUAGCUGAAAGGUACAAAAGUAAGGAGGCUGCAGAAUGGUUCAGAAAGGCUCUACAGUACAAUAUAUCGGUGACGAGUACGAAAAAUAGUCUAGUCUCCGUUUUGACUUACAAAAGUGUAGUCAAUAGCGAUCAGCUCACCGCGGAAAAAUUAAAGCUCGCUCAUUUGCUUGGCUGGUGCAUUGAAUUGCACCAUUGUAUAAUUCUCAUGAGCGACGAUAUGGUGGACGGCGGCCUCGCACGUCGUGGCCAACCAUGUUGGCAUAAGUUGAAGGAAGUCGGGCUUAAUGCCAUCAACGACAUGCUGAUGAUUGAAAAUGGUCUAUAUGAACUACUCAAGAAACAUUUUCGUCAUUUGGAUUGCUAUUUAGAUCUAAUCGAAUUGUUUCGCUGGAGCACCUUCGUAUGUAUAACUGGGCAGUCAUUAGAUUUGCUAGCUUCUAAAAAGAAUGUGGCCGAAUUCAAUAUGGAUACAUUCAAUUCGAUUGCCUUGCAUAAGACUUGCAAACAUUUCUUCUUUUUACCCGUUGCGCUGGGUUUGCACUUAGCUGGCGUUAAGGAUCAGCAGGUUUUAGAUGAGUGUGAAGCCAUAACAUUUGACAUGGGUACUUACUGUCAAAUACAAAAUGAUUUUACCGAUUGCUUUUCGAAUACUAACAUCACUGGCAAAAUUGGCUCAGAUAUACAGGAACACAAGUGUACUUGGUUGGCGGUAAUGUGCAUGGAGAGAGCUAGUCCAGCGCAGAGGGCUGUAAUGGAGGAAUGCUAUGGAAAGAGUGAUCCACAAAAGGUGGCGCGUGUCAAGCAACUUUAUGAAGAUCUAAACCUACCUAGGGUCUACGCCAAAUACGAGGAAGAAACAUACAACGGCAUCAAAGCACGUAUUCAACAAACUUCAGAUGCGGUACCGAGCGAAAUUUUGCUAGAAAUGCUUAACACAAUUUAUCAAAUAGAACACAGUUGUAUUUUGCCUUUUGGGCAUUUGACUUGUGCAUUCAUUCUUCAAACAAAAAAAUUAAAAAUGGCUUCACUGCUGCAUAAGUUUUCCAAAAUGCAUACAAGUAUAAUUGCGUCUGCUAGUGCGUACCGCAUCAACAGCAGUAAUAUAAGUCCUUCGCAUCGGGAAAUCUCGCAACGCCCGCAGACGUUUGAGACUGAAAAAUCGACCAUUAAUGCGGAGCGUAAACAUAACUUUGCGAGCACAAUACGCAAACAAUCAACAUUAGAAAUUCAGCCUGUUCAAUCCCAACCGCGUUUGACAAUGUCAAAGGACGAGAUCAACCAACAUUUGGCUGUUUAUCCAGAUGUUGUGGAUGAGCUUACUUCAAUAGCGGAUAGGUAUAAAUGCGAAGAUGCUGUAGAAUGGUUUAGAAAGGCUUUGGAGUACAAUUUAUCAUUGAGCAAUGCAAAAAAUGGUUUAAUUACAGUUCUAACUUACAAAAAUUUUGCCAAAGGUGAUGAAUUGAGCCCGGAGAAAAUUAGAUUGGCGCACUUACUUGGUUGUUGUGUCGAAUUGCUGCAUUGUGUACUCUUUAUUACCGAUGAUAUAGUGGAUAAUAGCACCACGAGACGUGGUAAGCCAUGUUGGUAUAUGGUAGAAGAAAUAGGCCUGAAUUCCAUAAAUGAUUCGCUGAUGAUUGAAAACGGUAUCUAUGAAUUUCUUAAGAAUCAUUUUCGUCACUUGGAUUGUUAUGUGGAACUGCUCGAACUAUUUCAUGAAAACACGUUUAAAUGUAUAUGCGGCCAAUCAUUGGAUAUGAUCAUAAGUAGAAAUAAUGUCCUUACCUUCAAUAUGGACACAUUCAAUACGAUUGUGUAUAAUAAAAGUUCCAGCAACUUUUUCUAUUUGCCCGUAGCGCUGGGUUUACGUUUGGCGGGCGUUAAGGAUAAAAAGGUCUACGAAGAAUGUGAAGCCAUUACUUUCGACUUGGCCACCCUCUGUCAAACGCAAAAUGACUACCUCGAUUCUUUUGGUAAUCCGAACUUUACUGGCAAGAUCGGCACAGACAUACAGUCGAACAAAUGCUCCUGGUUGGCGGUGGUUUGCUUGGAAAUAGCUAACCCCGCACAGAGAGCUAUCAUGGAGGAAUGCUAUGGAAAAAAUGAUCCGCAGAAGACUGCCCGUGUUCAAGAGCUCUACGAAGAUUUGAAUAUGCCACGCAUCUAUGCCAAAUACGAAGACGAAACCUUCAACAAGCUCGAGCUGCGUAUUAACGAAGUAUCGAAUGUAGGACUGCGUGACACUUUGCUGGAGAUACUGACACAUGUCAUUCAAAGGGGAGUCAAAUAAACAGUAAAAUUACGUGCAUACAUUACAUACAUAGUAAUAAAGUUAAA